GAAACACCUAGAGAUGAGAAGUGUUACUCAAGCAGACAACUUGGACAAGGACGUUUGCUCGACCCUCCUCUGAGUGUUCUGACCCAGGAUGAUGCCUGUCAUCCAUGUGUCCGCCGCGCUUCUAUGUAUGCUGGUGGCUGACAUCUCAGCCCGAGUUUUGACCACAUCCGCCACAGAUGACCAGCCUCUCCUCUCCCCGCGCCACUAUCAGCACACAGACCGGGAUUCGGGCACCCAGAUGGUCUGUGAUAAGUGCCCGGCAGGCACUUAUGUUUCCGUCCACUGCUCCCCGACGACCGUGAGGGAGUGCAGCCCCUGCCCCGAAGGCACCUUCACACGAGGCGAGAACGGCGUCCAGCAAUGCCAUCGGUGUCGGUCGCCUUGCCCCGCGGGCCUCGUCGAGAAGGUGCCGUGCACGGCCACCCAAGACCGGGUGUGCACUUGUCCGCCCAACAGAUUCCUAUCAAGGGACAGUGGUGUAGAGUGCAAGCCCUACUCCUUAUGCCCUCCAGGGACCAGGGUGAAAAAGCGGGGCACACAAACGGAGGACGUUCUCUGUAAACCUUGCACCAAGGGGACAUUUUCUCGUGAGGCGUCCAGUGCCGCGAGUUGCAGAAAUCACACAGACUGCCAAGCUCUGGGAAUGCUGCUGCUGACACCAGGAACAAGGCAGACAGAUAAUGUCUGUGGACCCCCUUCUACCACGUCCUCCUCUGUUACUCCAACCACUCCCCUGGGGCCAGCACAGGCUGUGUUUUUACAGCAAUCUAUGACGUCCUCAGUCACCCCAUCGUUGAAUGUGCCCGCACACAAAGGUUCCUUGAGCCAGUCAGCAGCCAUUCAACUGAGGGGAACUGUAGGUGGAGGAAACAGAGGAGAGGAGCUAGUGCUCACCCAUUCUGGCAUCUCCAUCACACCAAAUCAGGACGCCUCAUGGACUUCUCUGUCCAUGGCUCGGAAACAAGCUGUGGAUCUCAAACAGGAGCUGGAUGAGUCCACUGCUGAGUCUGAGCCUCGGGGAACUAAGCCAAGUAUGGAGGGCCCAGAAGGCCCCGAAGUAGUCAGGGUUGGAACAAGUAUCAGCAAUGUGGCAAGCCCAGGAAAUGGGGGUCCAGCUUCCAGCUACUACAGGCCCAAUCGCAGGGGAUCCCCAAGACCGACAAGGCACGAUCACUUUGACAUCAAUGAGCACCUGCCCUGGAUGAUAGUCCUGCUGCUUCUGCUGGUGCUGGUCGUGAUUGUGAUGUGCAGCGUCAAGAGGAGCUCCCGGGUGCUGAAGAAGGGCCCAAUGCAAGACCCAAGUAGCAUCGUGGAGAAGGCAAUUCAUAAGAAGCCGGCCGUGCCUGCAACACAGGCCAGGGAGAAGUGGAUGUACUACUACUCCAAUGGCCAGGGGGUGGACAUCCUGAAACUGGUGGCAGCCCAGGUGGGCAACCAGUGGAUCGACAUCUACCAGUCUCUGGCCAAUGCCACCGAGCGCGAGGUGGCCGCCUUCUCGAACGGCUACUCCUCGGACCACGAGCGAGCGUACGCCGCGCUGCAGCACUGGACCAUUCGAGACAGCGGGGCCAACCUGGCCAAGCUGAUCAACGCCCUGCACCGGCAGCGCCGCAUCGACGUGGUGGAGAAGAUCCGCUGCAUCAUGGAGGACAACCCACAGUUUGACAUCAACCAGCUGACGACCACAGUGAAUGUAAGCCAAAGCCUCAGCCCCAUCCACAAGCUGCUGGACUCCCCCAGCGGCACGGGCGGCAGCGGCGGCAGCUCGGGCCGAACCAGCGGCGCUGUGUCCGUUCAGUCGCCGAUGGACCGCACCAAAUGUUUCUUUGCUGACGAGUCGGAACCCCUCCUCCGCUGUGACUCCACGUCCAGCAAGGACUCUGCCCUCAGUAGGAACGGCUCCUUCAUUACCAAAGAGAAGAAAGACACAGUGCUCCGGCAGGUCCGUCUGGACCCGUGUGACCUGCAGCCGAUCUUCGACGACAUGCUGCACAUCCUGAACCCCGAGGAGCUGCGCUUCCUGGAGGAGAUCCCGACAGCCGCGGACAAGCUGGACCGACUUUUUGAGAUCGCUGGAGUGAAGAGCCAGGAGGCCAGCCAGACGCUGCUGGACUCGGUCUACAGCCACUUACCCGACCUGCUGUAGUGGAGGAAAGGGGACGGCAGCACACGGACGUAGAAAGCAAAGGGACGUGGCGUGAGGGGGACGGGUCGGACGUGGCGUAGCUGAGAUUUAACCUGCGCUGUUAUUUCGAACGGACAGCGUUUGGCUCACCGGGCCACUAAUGUAACACAAUUCCAGCAGGUUAUGUACCUUUUGUCUGCUCCCUCUGAUGAGUCCGGUGAAUCCUAACCACUACUUGAUUCCUUCUCUGCGUAAAUCCCCCUCUGCCGUGUCACAUGGCCACCAGUGUUGCUCAUGUGACCUAAACCACGGGGCUUAAAGGGCCCCAACGUUUAAAAGAGCUGGACGAAACGGUUUGAAUCAUGUCCUGACUCCACUCAACUAGCACUUUAUCCAUCUGAAACGCCCGACGCCUUCUUGUUUAAAGGACAAUACCGGUGUUUUUUCUUGUUUGUGCCAAUCAUUUGGGCUUUUCUUGCCUGUAGUAAGAUUUCAGAGUAAACAGUUAUAUUUAUUAUUAACACGGCAGGCAGUGGUAAAUGACAGCGGUACAUAAGCUAUAACUCUAAACAACACUGGUAUUAUUCUUUGAUUAAGGGUCUUGUAAAUCAAAUCGAUUUUUUCCACUCGGAUUGGGCUGAUCGUUGAGUCAUGUGCCUAAACAUGUCCCUUCCCACAGCACCUCUAUCUUUUCCUUCCAGGUGCCUGAACCUGAGGGCAGCAGGUGUUUUGGUAGCUUCUGACCACCAGCAGGUUGUAGCAUUAUUCCAUCAGUCCAGCUGCACCUCUCACUCCAAAGGCAUCGCUCAAAAGGAUUCAGGACUGAAGGACUACAGUGCCUUGCAAAGCAAUUCAUACGACUUGAGCUUUUCCACAUUCUGACAUGUUACAACCACAACUGGCAUGUUACGUUCAAGACCAAACACAAAGUGCGGUGUAAUUGUAAAACGGAAAGGAAAGAGAUGCACGUUUUUUUUCAGUUGGAAUCUAAAAAGUGUGGCGAGCCUUUCUGUUCCACCCUCGUCACUUUGAUGAGCUUAAAUAGGCCCAAGUGCAACAAAUUGCCAUCGGAAAUCAGCUAACUAGCUACAUGCUAACUUGCUAUGUGGGGAGCAAAAUUUUUUUAAAGUAAGUCAGUGAGAAAUUAGAAAAACAGCAGCCUUAAACAUAAGGCAGUUUUAGGUCAAAGGUCUCCAGUCCUCUAGGACCAGUGUCCUGCAAAUCUUUAAAUGUGUCCCUGCUUCAGCACCCCUGAAUCAAAUCUUUAGAUCAUUAGCAAGGAUUGGUUAAGCUGGAACAUGCAUUCAGGGUACAGUUCUGCCAUGUGACUCUAGCCCCAAGGAUUGGAGUUUGAGGACCUUCAAAUAGAUUCUUGUGUUGGAAUGGCCUAGUCAAAGUCCAGACCAAAAUCUAAUCUAUGGCAGGACUUAUAUUUAAUGUUUUAGAGACGCUCUCCAUUCAGACAGACUAAACUUGAGCAGUUUUAUGAAGAAAACAUUUUAGUUUUUAGAGGUGAAACAGAAUCCUAGCCCAGAAGUGUAUUGAAAACAGAUGCAUGCCACACUUUUAAGAUUUUUUCCAAUUCCAUGUUUUUAACUCAUCCUAUUUUUUAUUUUGUUGAUCUAGCACAGACAACUCUGAUAAAGUGCAUUAAACCUUGUGGUUAUAAGAUGAUAAAAAUGUCAAAAAGCUCAGAGGAUAUCCAUACUUUAGCAAGACAAUGUUUUAAUUCACCUGGAAGUAUAACAUUUGGCUUUUUUCUGUUUUGUUACGGACAUCGCUGGGACGGCAAAGCACUACCUGCCCCAGCAACCUUCAGUAAACCCAGACGACCACGCGUGAUCCUGUGUCAGAGUAGCGUUGAUAAAAUGUUCUGGUUACAUUUUGGAGCUUCCUGGUCUCAGCUGGACACGGGUGUUGAUUAUUUUACCGCUGCAGCAGAAAUCAUUCAAAUCAAAUAAGUCAUUCAGUCAUUUUCUACAUAUUUAUGUUGUGAUAUUCAAAUCUAACAUUCAUGCACUAACGAUGAUUUCUGUAUGCGACAUACUCAAGAUGUUUUUUUUGUUUUUUUUCUAGCUCUGAAAUGUUGUUUCCAAACAUUUGGUUUUAUUGUAUUUUCCAUACUCGCUUUACUAUUAUUAGUUAUUGUAGCAUUUGCAUUUGACUGUCCUGGGUGACCUUGCUGGGAUGUAACAUAUGCAUACUCCGUACUCUACUUGAAGUCUAUCACUUGAUCUCACCAAUGAGGAGAGAGCAGUCCAUCAAGUUAUUUCACACUAAACAACAAGAACAGCAAAACAAAAGAAUCUUCACUGCUUGAGGAGGAUUUAUACCACCAGAGCAUCCGGUGUCUAUCAGAAACUACCUUGUGUGGACUCUCACCUGUUGGAGCAGCAUUAGAGGACACGGACAUUACAGAAGGCAAAAAGCUGCUUCAGGUAUAGCAGCCUGACUUGAUGAUGAUGAUGAUGAUGAUGGUGGUGGUGGUGGUGGUGGUGAUGAGGAAGGGGAUCUCGCUCCCCACCGCCCUGUGAGGAUCACAGCUGCAGGGCAGACUCCUUGGAUUUCAUGACACAAUGACGCGUAGAUGUGAGGUGGACAUGUCUGAGUAGACGAUUUCAUCAAAUUCACAGUUCAAAUGUAACCCGUAUACUAUUCAAAUGAACUAAUAAAAGCAAUUUUUUCAGA